UUCUUCCUGGCCAGCCUGGCCGCAGCUGGCAGUGGCACCGAUGCCCAGGUGGCCCUGGUCAACGAGGUCAAGGCCGCCCUCGGCCGCGCCCUGGCCAUGGCCGAGAGCACUGAGAAACACGCCAGGCUCCAGGCCGUCAUGUGCAUCAUCAGCACCAUCAUGGAGUCGUGCCCGUCCACCUCAAGCUUCUACAGCAGCGCGGCCAAGCCGCCCCACAACGGCAUGAACAACAUCAUCCGCCUGUUCCUCAAGAAGGGGCUGGUCAACGACCUGGCCCGCGUGCCCCACAGCCUCGACCUGUCCAGCCCCAACAUGGCCAACACGGUGAACGCGGCGCUGAAGCCGCUGGAGACGCUGUCGCGAAUCGUGAACCAGCCCAGCGGGCUCUUCGGGGCCAAGGGCUCCUCCAGCAAGAGCAAGGCCGAGGGCAACGGGGGCGCCCGCGAGGCGGGGGCUGCACCCCCCGAUGGAGGUACCCCCCUGGGAUCACCCCCGGGACCCCGGGACCCUGAGCCCCCCGAGGAGGACGCGGAGGCGGCGCAGGCCGAGGCGGCCGACGGGGACAUGGACGGCGAGGCCGAGGGGGACACGGUGGUUCUGGCCGGGCAGCCUGAGGGGCUCACCACCCAGGAGAUGCAGGUGGAGAAUGAGCUGGAGGAUCUGAUUGAUGAGCUGCUGGAGAGGGACGGCGCCGACGGCAACAGCACCAUCAUCGUGAGCCGCUCGGCCGAGGACGAAUCUCAGGAGGACGUUCUGAUGGACGAGGCUCCCUCUAACCUCAGCCAGGCCUCCACACUGCAGGCCAACCGUGAAGAUUCCAUGAACAUCCUGGACCCUGAGGAUGAGGAGGAGCACACGCAGGAGGAGGACAGCAGCGGCAGCAACGAAGAUGAAGAUGACAGCCAGGAUGAGGAGGAGGAGGAGGAGGAGGAGGAUGAGGAUGAUCAGGACGAUGAGGAGGGUGAGGAAGGUGAGGAGGAGGAGGAUGAUGAUGAUGGCUCGGAGAUGGAGCUGGAUGAGGAUUACCCCGACAUGAACGCCUCGCCCCUCGUGCGCUUCGAGCGCUUCGACCGCGACGACGACCUCAUCAUCGAGUUUGACAACAUGUUCUCCAGCCCCACUGACAUCCCGCCAUCCCCUGGGAACAUCCCUGCCAGCCACCCUCUGCUGGUGCGGCACGCAGAGCACGGGGGGCUGGGGCUGGGGGCCGGCCCGGGGGGUGCCCGCCUGGCCCAGGGGCUGGGCCGGAGCCAGCGCACGCUGCGGCAGCUCACGGCCAACGCCGGCCACACCAUCCACGUCCACUACCCGGGGGCACGGCAGCCAAACCCCCCCCUGAUCCUGCAGAGGCUCCUGGGCCCCUCGGCGGCCGCAGACAUCCUGCAGCUGAGCAGCAGCCUCCCGCUGCAGAGCCGGGGCCGGGCACGGCUGCUGGUGGGCAACGAGGACGUGCACAUCAUCGCCCGCUCCGACGACGAGCUGCUGGAUGACUUCUUCCACGAGCAGGGCAGCGCGGGCAGCCAGGCAGGGACCCUGUCCAGCAUCCCCACGGCCCUGACACGCUGGACCGAGGAGUGCAAGGUCCUGGACGCUGAGAGCAUGCACGACUGCGUGUCUGUGGUCAAGGUGCCCAUCCUGGCCCGGCUGGAAGCGCUGCGGGACGAGGAGCUGGACGAGCGGCGCGAGAAGCGCCGGCGCCAGGCGGCCGAGGACGAGGCCAAAGGCGCCGAGCGCGGCGCCGAGGACAAGGACGGGGCGGAGACCCAGGAUGCGGCGUCCAAAGCCGGCCCCGCUUCGGCCGACGUCACCCCCCCAGAACACAGCGGGACCCCGGGAGAGACCCCCCCUCCCGGUCCCCACCGGACACUGGUGAUGCUGGAACCGACACCGACCACCCCAGACACCCCCCCAGGAGCCCCCCAAAUCCCUGCUCGCCCCCCGCAGCCCCCUGAACACGAAGAGGGGGGGCCUGGACGACCCCCCCAAGAUGCUGAGGCCACUCAAAUGGAGCUGUCACCUGCCCCCACCAUCACGUCGCUGUCGCCGGAGCGGGCGGAGGACUCGGACGCGCUGACGGCCGUGAGCAGCCAGCUGGAGGGGUCCCCCAUGGACACCUCGAGUUUGGCCUCCUGCACCUUGGAAGAGUCUGGGGGGGCUCCCUCCGCCCCCACAGCCCCCCAGAACCCCCCUGGAACCCCCCAAGGACCCCCUCCCGCUCCCCCCGACACCGCUCAGCCUCCGGACGAUAGCUCCCCCCCAGCCUCAUCCUCGGAGAGUUCGUCCACCCGUGACUCGGCCGGGGCCAUUUCCGGGGCCGACUCUCGGGGGAUCCUGGAGGAGCCGCUGCCGUCCACCAGCAGCGAGGAGGAGGAUCCGCUGGCCGGGAUCAGCCUCCCUGAGGGCGUGGACCCGUCCUUCCUGGCGGCGUUACCCGAUGACAUCAGGCGGGAGGUGCUGCAGAACCAGCUGGGGAUCCGCCCACCUGCGCGGGCCCCGCCCACCGCCAGCCCCGCCCCACCCGUGGUGGCCAAUCCCGGCCUCACCGAGGUCAGCCCCGAGUUCCUGGCGGCGCUGCCCCCGGCCAUCCAGGAGGAGGUGCUGGCGCAGCAGCGGGCGGAGCAGCAGCGGCGGGAGCUGGCUCAGGCCACGGGCUCGGACGCGCCCAUGGACCCGGUGACGUUCAUCCAGACGCUGCCGUCCGAGCUGCGGCGCUCGGUGCUGGAGGACAUGGAGGACUCGGUGCUGGCCGUGAUGCCGCCGGACAUCGCGGCCGAGGCGCAGGCGCUGCGGCGCGAGCAGGAGGCGCGGCAGCGGCAGCUCAUGCACGAGCGCCUCUUCGGCCACUCCAGCACCUCGGCGCUCUCGGCCAUCCUGCGCAGCCCCGCGUUCACCAGCCGGCUCAGCGGGAACCGGGGCGUUCAGUACACGCGGCUGGCGGUGCAGAGGGGGGGCACCUUCCACAUGGGGGGCACCGGCACCCACAGCAGGCCGGCGGGCAGCAGCGUGGACAGCCUGCUGCGCCUGCGGGGGCGGCUGCUGCUGGACCACGAGGCUCUGUCCUGCCUGCUGGUGCUGCUCUUCGUGGACGAGCCCAAGCUGAACACCAGCCGCCUGCACCGCGUCCUGCGCAACCUCUGCUACCACGCUCCCACGCGGGGCUGGGUGGUCCGCAGCCUGCUGUCCAUCCUGCAGCGCAGCAGUGAGAGCGAGCUGUGCCUCGAGACCCCCCGCGGGACCCCCGGGCCGGGCACCGAGGAGCGGCCGCGGGGCCGCGGGGGCGGGAGCCGCUCCGGGCCCGGCUCUGCCGCGGAGCCGCGCGGGCUGGACCUGCUGCACCGCAUGGAAUCGCGCAGCUCCGGGCAGCUCUCCUGGCUCUCCGUGUCCAUGGACGCGGCCUUGGGCUGCAGGACCAACAUCUUCCAGAUCCAGCGCGUGCCCGGCCGCAAGCACACGGAGAAACACGCGGCGGCCGCCGGCUCCGCCGUGCACAUUCACCCCCAGGCCGCGCCCGUGGUGUGCCGGCACGUGCUGGACACCCUCAUCCAGCUGGCCAAGGUCUUCCCCAGCCACUUCACCCAACAACGAGGCCGAGACCCCGCCACCGACCCGGAGCGUGACCGCGGCCCCCCCAAAUCGGGGGGCAGCCCUUGCCCCCCCCAAUCCCAAUCCGGCUCGCUGUCCACGGAUUUCUGGGACCUGCUGGUCAAGCUGGACAACAUGAACGUGAGCCGGAAGGGGAAGGGGUCGGCGCGGGCGGGGGGCGGCGGGGGGGGCCCCGAGCCCGAGGCGGCCGGGGGGGGCCUGGAGGCGUCGCCGCUGGGACAGCUGAUGAACAUGCUGUCGCACGGCGUCAUCCGCCGCAGCCCCCUCCUCACCGAGAAGCUGCUGCGCCUCCUGUCCCUCAUCUCCAUCGCCCUCCCCGAGGGGGGCAAGGCCGGCGAGGGGGGGGCAGCGCCCCAGAACGGAGCCCCCGCCCCCCCCGCGCCCGCCCCGCCCGCUGCAGGGGGUGGCACAGGGACGGGGACGGGGGCGGCCGCAGCGCCCGGGAGCCCCCCGGGACAGGGGGGCAACGGAGGAGGAGGAGGAGGAGGAGCGGGCACGGCUGGAGGAACUGCGGCCCCUGCCAAGAGCUCCAAGUCCCCUGCCAAGGUCCCCGAGGGUGGUCCCGACCCCCGGCUGGCAGCCACAGGCCUGACCGAGAGCCAGCUCCAGCUCUCCGUGGAGGUGCUGACGUCACACUCGUGCUCGGAGGAGGGGCUGGAGGACGCAGCCAAUGUCCUGCUGCAGCUGUCCCGGGGGGACGCGGGGACAAGGGACACGGUGCUGCGGCUGCUGCUCAGCGGGGCCCGGCAGCUGGGGGGCGCCCUGUGCCGCCAGAUCGGGACGCUGCUGGCCGAGCUCCGUGAGUACAACCUGGAGCAGCAGCGGCGGGCGCAGCUCGAGGCCCCGUCCCCCGAGGGGCUCCCCGAGGAGCAGCCCCCCAGCGCCAAGCUCAAGGGCAAAAUGCAGAGCCGCUUCGACACGGCCGAGAGCGUGGUCAUCGUGGCGUCUCAGAAGCGCGCUCUGGGCGGCCGCGAGCUGCAGCUGCCCUCCAUGUCCGUGCUGACCUCCAAGACGUCCACGCAGCGCUUCUUCCUGCGCGUGCUGCAGGUCAUCAUCCAGCUGCGCGACGACACGCGCCGGGCGCACCGCAAGGCCAAGCAGCCCGGCCGGCUGGGCGCCGCGGGGCUGGGGGCGGCUGGCAGCAUCCAGGCCGCCGUCCGGCAGCUGGAGGCCGAGGCCGACGCCAUCAUACAAAUGGUACGUGAGGGCCAGAGGGCCCGGAGGCGGCAGCAGGGAGACACGUCGGAGGCCGGGCCCGCGGAUGCCGUCCCCCGGCGCGAGGAGUCACCCAUGGACGUGGACCAGCCCUCGCCCGCCCCUCAGGACGUGGGCCCCGAGGCGGCGCAGGGCGGGGACCGGGACAGGGACAGGGAGGAGCGGCCCCCGGAGCUGCCCCUGCUGAGCGAGCAGCUGAGCCUGGACGAGCUGUGGGACAUGCUGGGAGAGUGCCUCAAGGAGCUCGAGGAGUCCCACGACCAGCACGCCGUGCUCGUGCUGCAGCCGGCCGUCGAGGCGUUUUUCCUGGUGCACGCCACGGAGCGCGAGAGCCGCCCCCCGGUGCGGGACACGCGGGAGAGCCAGCUGGCACACAUCAAGGACGAGCCACCCCCGCUGUCCCCUGCGCCCCUCACCCCCGCCACCCCCUCCGCCCUGGACCCCUUCUUCUCCCGGGAGCCCUCGGCCAUGCACAUCUCGGCCAGCCUGCCCCCGGACACGCAGAAAUUCCUGCGCUUCGCCGAGACCCACCGGACGGUGCUGAACCAGAUCCUGCGGCAAUCCACCACCCACCUGGCCGACGGCCCCUUCGCCGUGCUGGUCGACUACAUCCGCGUGCUGGACUUCGACGUCAAGCGCAAGUAUUUCAGGCAGGAGCUGGAGCGCCUGGACGAGGGGCUGCGCAAGGAGGACAUGGCCGUGCACGUGCGGCGCGAUCACGUCUUCGAGGACUCGUACCGGGAGCUGCACCGCAAAUCCCCCGAGGAGAUGAAGAAUCGCCUGUACAUCGUGUUCGAGGGCGAGGAGGGCCAGGACGCCGGGGGGCUGCUGCGGGAGUGGUACAUGAUCAUCUCCCGCGAGAUGUUCAACCCCAUGUACGCCCUGUUCCGCACCUCGCCCGGCGACCGCGUCACCUACACCAUCAACCCCUCGUCCCACUGCAACCCCAACCACCUGAGCUACUUCAAGUUCGUGGGCAGGAUCGUGGCCAAGGCCGUCUACGACAACCGGCUGCUGGAGUGCUACUUCACCCGCUCCUUCUACAAACACAUCCUGGGCAAGUCCGUGCGGUACACGGACAUGGAGAGCGAGGACUAUCACUUCUACCAGGGCCUCGUGUACCUGCUGGAGAACGACGUCUCCACGCUGGGCUACGACCUCACCUUCAGCACUGAGGUGCAGGAAUUCGGGGUGUGCGAGGUUCGGGACCUGAAGCCCAACGGGGCCAACGUGCUGGUGACGGAGGAGAACAAGAAGGAGUACGUGCACCUGGUGUGCCAGAUGCGCAUGACCGGCGCCAUCCGGAAGCAGCUGGCGGCGUUCCUGGAGGGUUUCUACGAGAUCAUCCCCAAGCGCCUCAUCUCCAUCUUCACGGAGCAGGAGCUGGAGCUGCUCAUCUCGGGGCUGCCCACCAUCGACAUCGACGACCUCAAGGCCAACACCGAGUACCACAAGUACCAGGGCAACUCCAUCCAGAUCCAGUGGUUCUGGCGUGCCCUGCGCUCCUUCGACCAGGCCGACCGCGCCAAGUUCCUGCAGUUCGUGACGGGCACGUCCAAGGUGCCCCUGCAGGGAUUCGCCGCCCUCGAGGGCAUGAACGGCAUCCAGAAAUUCCAGAUCCACCGCGACGACCGCUCCACCGACCGGCUGCCCUCGGCACACACCUGCUUCAACCAGCUGGACCUGCCGGCCUACGAGAGCUACGAGAAGCUGCGGCACAUGCUGCUGCUGGCCAUCCAGGAGUGCUCCGAGGGCUUCGGCCUGGCCUAGGGCCCGCGCCGGCCCCCCCCAGGGGCUCUAUAAAUAUAUAUAUAUUUUUUGGUUC